AUGUUCUAUGCCCGUCCAAAUUUUACUCCUUCCAGAUACAUUGUCGUAGGACUUCCGUUAAAUCGUAAGGAUCAGACUUGGUAUAAUCCGCCGAAACUCACCGAUAUCGUAGAUGUGUUGAAUAGACUACAACUGUCCUUUGGUUCAAAAAUUGUCCAAGAUCCAGAUGUUCAUGCUCAGGCUGAAAAAAGUCGACGUUUCUCAAAAUAUGUAUUUCCUCGACAGUAUGGCCUCGCUAAUGCUUCCAUGUUUGAGGUUUCGAAAUACGAGCCUUCAUAUAUUCCUGAUUUUGCGGAUCGAGAUAGUGAAAUUGAGAUGCUGGGUCCAUGCAAGACUCCAAAGAGAGUAAAGGCGGUUUUACCACUUUUGGAAAAGUUAAUAUGGAGGCACGGGAAGUGCAAGUAUCGAUUGUUACGAGAUAGGUCAUGUCCGUCGAAAGUACUAUCACAGCCCGGUACGGCUUCCUCAUUAGUCCACCGCAUUCUCGCUGAUUGCUCCUUAGUAGAAAACGAUAUGGACGGGACUCUGAUAUUGGUCAGGAUGCCUGUUCGCCUCUAG